AUGGAGAAGUUUGAAUAUCAAGAUCUACCCGGCGAGGACCACAUCCGCAUUAUGGAGUUACUUCCAGGUACAAACGAUGACCGAAUCCAGAUUCAUCUCGCUUCGGAGCUUCGUCAAGAUACCAUCGACACAUAUGCUGCUAUAUCGUACACUUGGGAUACUCUUCUGGACCCCAUUGAGAUCAUCUGCUGUAACAAACUUAUGUUCAUUUCAGCCAAUCUAGCUGAUGCUCUGAGGGCGAUUAGAAGUAAGAAGUCCGAGGCUUCACUCCGGCUCUGGGCGGACGCUAUAUGCAUAGAUCAAAGGAGUGACAGCGAGGAGAAAAAUCAUCAAGUCAAGCAUAUGGGUGAAAUUUACAAAAAUGCCCAAAAAGUCUUUGUCUGGCUGGGCUCCGACAAGGACGGGAUUGCAAAGGACUGUUUUGACAUGCUGAAGAGCUGGAAUCUGUACCUGGACAAACAGUUAGACGUCUACAAGAAGCCUCGGAAGAUCCCGCCCCUCCAACCUCCGCGGCACCUUUGCAACGAUGCAAAGCAAGGGGAGAAGCUGACGAAGCUCAUGGGGCUCCCUUGGUUUCGACGUGUCUGGGUCCUUCAGGAGGCAGCUCUCGCCCAGGAAUGUCAGCUGCAUUGGGGCAAUCACAACAUCAGCCUCGCGGAGCUGAUGGAAUUUGCCUGCUUCUUUGAUGGGCGGCCCGAGAUUGCUCGAUUGGUGGGUGUUGAUGAGUCGACUUUCCGACUUUGGAGGAUUGUCUUUUCUUGUGUCUACCGCACGUACGGCAACCCGAAAUCGUGGAGAUCCGACAAGCCUUUGAUUAAAGCCUUGAACGAAAAACAUGGUCCCCGUUCUGGACUUCUCCUGGAUAUAUUGCAGGUUGGCAAAUCAUUCUCCGCAACAUGUGCGGGCGAUCACAUUUACGCCUUUUUGGGAAAUCCUCUAGCCUUCUCUGAUGAUGGUAGGCUAUUCUUGGAGCCGGACUAUAACAAGGAAGAAGGCGAGAUCUGCUUUGAUGCUGCAGUCGCGUUCUUGAAGUGUAGACGUGAAGCAGGUUAUCUUCUUUGUUUUGUGCAGCACAGUUCUGCAGACGAAGUCACUGGGAACAGUCGGCCAUCAUGGAUUCCGAGAUGGACGAAUCCUGUGACAGACCGGACGCCGUGGUUCACGAUCGGAAACCUGGGUCUGUCCUUCAAUGCCGGUGGGUCUGUCGAUAGGCUGCAAUACCGGGUCGAGAGCGGUCUCGGUGCCGAGAGGCUUCUGACUGUGGAGGGACUUGUGUUCGAUCAUCUGUCUUGGACAUCCGACGUUCUCGAGCCCGAAAAUUUUGCUGUCCACUCUCGUCCGCGGAAUAUUAAGCCUCGUACCUCGCAACUGACAUGUAUUGACGAGUUGUGGAACGCUGCUUUGCUCGCCUACAGACGACUAUCUGUCCCCACGGAGGUAUCCGAAAGUAGUCUAUUUUACGAAGACUACAGCUACACUCUUGUCACAGGCUACAGAAAUGGCAGUCUUAUCAAUUUGAGAGACCACCGAAAGUGGUUCGACGCAUAUCUCCAAGCUCUUCGGGAGCCGGGCCGUCCCAGGAACCGCAAUGACACCAGUUUACCAUCCCGAAAUCAGGCAGACGAUGAUUCCCGUUAUGAGAUGAAUAUGAAAAAUUGUAGGAAUCAGAGGCUGGCCCUGACACGACUCGGCCGGUUCGCUUUAGUCCCACAAUUCGCAGAGCCGGGAGAUACUUGCUGCGUUUUUCUGGGAAUGGUAACGCCGUUUAUUGUGCGGGCGGCGGAAAUGGCAAAUAUUGACGGGCGCAGACAUCAUCAUCUCGUCGGGGAAGCUUAUGUCUACGGUGUUAUGCAAGGCGAAUUGGUGAACACGCUCGAUCGCGCAGACAUUGAGAAGGAGGAAAUUGUCCUGGUGUAA